AUGAUAUGUCAGGCCAAGCAGAUCUAUGAGAAGGACGGCCAGCUCAAGGUGGCGUACGAAAAGUACUGCGAAGGCCUGCAGGGCCUCCUCGAGGUGCUGCCCAAGCUGCCCGAGGACGACCCCGGCGCCUCGGAUCUGCGGAUGCGGGUGGACGGGUACCUCGCGGAGGCCGAGGGGUUGAAGGCGAAGCUGGACGCGGAGAUGCGGAUCGGGGCCGGGCGCGAGGUUCGGCUGGAGGAGCAGGGCACCACCGGCAAGGCCCGGGGCGCCCCGCCGCCCUCCUCCGGGGGCGGCUUCGCGUCCCUGGCGCUGGAGCCGAAGGACCAGGACACGCUCGACAAGGGCCUGGACCUGACCAGCGAGGGCCGCGCGCUAGAGGAGAGGGGCCUGUUCAAGGACGCCUACGACAAAUAUUGCAGGGGCCUGCAGUUUGUCUUGGAAGUCAUGCCGAAGGUCAGCAAGGAUGGCAACCCUGAGGUCGGUCGGAUAGGUGGUUCGAUGGGGGGCGUGGUUGGCGCUUGCAGCGGACAUGCCAGGGUCUCGUAA